AUGUGUAACCUUCAACUGCCCAAUCUGGACAUAUUUUGCAUCUUCAUUAUCAUAUGCCUGGUUCUUGGUUCUGCUGUCGGCAAGGCCGGGUAAUGAGGCAAGACUGCCCUGACGGUGACGGUUGAUAUGAGGCCUGUUACACAGACUUUCCACCCGCGCAACAAUCAACAAUCAAGACAGCCAGUCUGACGUCUGUCUGAACGAGACACAUCCCCAACCUUGUCGGCACCCCCACGUCUGCUCACUCGCCCGAUCCUUCUUGACAUUCAUUCUCGGUGACAAGUAUAGCUGUUGUCGGGCCUUCCCCACACGGCCUGCGCUUCCGCGUCUCUUUCUACCCCUUGCUCCUUGCUCCUUGGGAGGUUACCUUCACGCUUGUGCUACCCAUGCUCGGCCGCCUCUCGACGAUGCACUUGCCGUAUCUUCAACAAGAUGUGUUACCGUCGUCGAGUACGAGUACGGUCGGUCAUCACGCUGUAACCAGACUUUUCUGUGUAACACCAGUCAGUCAGCAAUAGCGGCGUCUACGCUUCCGAGAUCAAAAGCUCCGGCAAGGCAACACAUUCAGACAUGGGGCAAAGCGGCGCGGACCAUCCAGGCCCCGAUGCCGACAAAGAGAACCACCGGAUGAUCGACUGGUGAAGCCAACAGCAAGCGACACCGACACCAACACCAACAUCACCAACAUUGAAUACAACAAGUCUAUGGAUACGCAGGUCGGUAUCAGCGCGUCAUGCUUCUUGCUUGACCUCCAAUAUCUGCACGUCUUUCUGUACAACCCAAGCUUCUUUCAGGCGUACAUCACCCACCAAUUGACCCUUCACCACCACCACCACCACCCACCGCACUUGUCAUGCAGCCUACACCAAGCAGAAGUGCAAAUAUCAAACAGUAACCACAACGGCAUUGAACAGGCUGCCACUAUGGUGUUACCCGGUCGCCUGUUGUGCCAGUCACCACCUACAGUACAUCCAGAGGCCAAUCUUACACCUGAAGCGGCACUGAAAGCCACCUAGGCCGUUUUCUGAGACCCCGCUGACAGGAGGGCUGACAGGGAACUCGAUGGAAUUUUUCCUCGAAAAGAGGCGCUGUUUCUGGUCUUCCCGCGUCUAUCUCAUCUCUUGCUUGACGAGCUUCGGGGGGUGUGGUGUCACACCCACACACACACACACACACCCACCUUCACUUGUUAGGUUCCUGCAAUAAAUUCAACUUACAUACAUAACCACACGCACCCAUCUACCGUUGCCGACUCGUGGUGCCCCCAACUUUCCUCUGCCGCUCCCAUUGGCCCUGUUCUUGGCUCAUUCCUCUCCGCCCAAAAGGGCACCAAAAAAUCCUACCAAGUUCGCUGCAUUUUACCUCGGAAAGUCCUGGUUGAAGGCCAUUUCACCCGGCCCUGGGAUCCCCAUUACGCAACUUAUACCGUACCGCUCACCACCAGCUUUCGGGCUGCAACUAAUAACCCUUUUCAUCCCUUAUCCGACUUGUCCCUAGGACGGUACGCGUGGACUGACACGGCACGAGAUCAAGAAAGUUCAAGAAAAAGGCUUGCAUGGGUGGGGUUCCCGUUCAGAAAUGUGUGAGGUUUUGAAGCUGUACAAAAGGUGAUACACAUUUGUUAAUUCAUAAUGAGUCCUCCCGAACCCUCAACAACUGACCUUGACCCUACCUCUCCUGUUCCCAUGGACCUCAGCAAGCACCGGGUGACUACGGUCAUGCAAGAUUCGCAUUCCUAUCUGCCACUAUCAAAACCACUCAAGGAUGGCGACCUCCUGUUGCUGCUCACACCUGGAAUCAUACCGGAUCUUGGCAGUUCGAAAAUGAAUUCAGAGACACCACUUACCAGUGACCCGUUCGAAUCCCUAGGCAAGGCAUUGGCGAAGCAUCAUCCCUGGGUUCGGCAUGUGCCCUACCUACCACGCUACGGUAUCACCGGCACACAUGUUGUGCACAUCAGGCUAGCCACGGCGAUCAUUUUCGUCCUCUCAGGUCCACCUGUCCAUGGUCAGCCCUCGCAAGUGGCACUCGCCGAGAUCACACGAAGUAUCUGCGAGAACCGACCACAUGUCAUCGUGGCCUGCUGCGACGCCCGAGAGCUGGGGCCCAUCGAAAAGUCGUUCCCGGCGAUAGUGCAGGUACCCAGCCUCGACCCGUCCGAUCUCGAAGCAGCGGCAGACGUCAUAUUCGGAGAGACCAAAAAGCGGCCACCAUCAACCGGUCCUAACCUGCAAAAUCUGGUCCUCGCCCCAAAGGCCUGGUCGGUCGAGGUAUGGAACGGGCCCCGGGACAUGGAUGCGUCGUAUGAGCUCUGGUGCCGGUGCUUCCCAGACAACUUCCACCUGAGCCGCUUCUUGUUCCAGGCGCUGCUGCGACGGGAUGGGUGGGCGAUGCAUUACGUGGUUCGUGAGCCGGGGACCUCCCAGCUGCUCGGGUUUUGUGCGACGUAUACAACUUAUGCCGGGGCUGAGGAGGAACGCCUGGUCGGGUCCGUGGCUGCCUUGCUUGUGCGCCCGGCGUACCGGAAACGAGGCAUCGGGUUGAGCUUGCACAACCAUGCGCUGAGGCAGCUUACAAAGACACGUGGUGUGUGCCGGUUACAGCUUGGGAGCACGUUUCCUCGGCUGUUGUAUGGGCUUCCGAUGGAUUCACCGGUGGAGGAUUGGUUUGGGCGACGCAACUGGCCUGUUCUUACCCAGUUACCGGGCCCGGGGACUGGGCAGGAGGCGUGCGACUGGCUGCUGAAGUUUGCGGAUUGGCCUAUUCCAACCGUGUUGCCACCGGGGCCGGUGUUCCGCCAGUGCGAAUUUCACGAGUUCGACAUGGUGUUGGCGCUGGUAGGGUCGGAGUCUAGGAGGAGGGACAAUGUGGGCUGGUACGACCAGUAUGCCAAACUGGCGAACUCGAUGAACAUCCGCGACAUUGUCGUCGGACUGGACGAAGCCGGCACGAUGGUUGCCGCGGCUUUGACAUAUGUCAAGAACACGGGGAGUCCGGUGGCCGAGGAUCUGCCUUGGACCAACAUGAUUGGGGAUGAUGUUGGCGGGGUAACGUGCGUUUGCAUUGCAGAUUCAGGUCGGCGGGGCGCUGUGAUGGUCAGACUAUUAGACAGCUGCAUUCAGCUGCUUGCUGAGCAGGGGAUGACACAGCUGUUUAUGGACGCCGUCAAGGAUGGCGAUGAGGGGUUCCCAUCUAUGGGCUUCAACAAAUGGGCAAGAUACAGAGAUGUGUGGCGGGAUAUCUAAGGCUACUGUCACCGAAAGGCCAGCCCUUCACCAACAAUGACCAUGUUUACACGGAACUCCACCAUGCCGACAACAGCGUGUGUGCGGCCGCCAGCUUGGUCCGGAACCAUCGGCUGCUGCGGGCGGGCUGGUGCUUCACCGAGCAGGGUGUGGUCACGAUUAUGUGGGAUGAGUCCGUCCAUUUUACGGCCUGUACAACCCAGCAGCCGCUCGGAGGCUUCACGUCGGAUGGGGGUACACGGGUGGCAGCAAUCCCAUAGUGAGAACAGGAAUCAUUUUUUGGGCUUUUUGUUCCCCUGUUACUACUACUACAUCAGUUGUGCAUUGUGGGGGAACCAAACCCAACCCCCCAAAAAAAAAAAAAAACGAAAAGCUCUUUGCUGGCAGCAGGAAGGAUCAGACGCAACCAUCCGAAAUGUCCCCGCCUCCCCAGUCGAAGGAUUCAGAAUCUUUAUCCGUGCAGGCCUAUCAGGAUUAUCGUCCGUAACACCGACUUCUUAUUAGGCGCGAUUGGCGAAGACAUUUUUGUCAUCUCUUUCUCGAGGAAGAGAGCCCAAAAAUGGCAACAUUGACCAACAAGGUAGGUAGGUAGCUUUGCUGUCAUCAGCUGGACAGAGAAGAGAGGAUCAUCCAUCCCCUGUCAGUCAGCUAGGCUCGGGUUACACGAGGGAUUAUGUCAACACAACACCGAGCUUAUGCCGUUUCCGUGUAAGCGAGGCGGUGGUGGUAGGGACGAGGAUGGAUCGUGGAUCCCUCCCGGCAGGCAGACAUUCUGCUUAAAGGUGGGCUUUGAGGUCACUGGUGGUGGUGGUGGUGGAUAUAAGCACUGGGUAGCAUGGUCCGGAUCACAUAAGGAUAGGGCUCUUGUCUCGCGCGAGCCUGCGGCGCUAUUGGUGUCUCGGUUGAUUACCAUUAUCUGCUUGUGUCUCAAACUAUCCCUGCUGGGAUGUAAAACUGACAGGCUGUGUUCUUACGCUUUGGACAUACUCGGAACGAGUUGUUUGUGUGACCUCUUCAAAGGACACAUUACAAACCUCGUUCCUCACUUGAAUUCAACGUCUCACAAACCCUUUUCCUCUCACGAAUAAACGCGGGGGCGUUUAUGACAGCACAAGGGGCGCCAACCUUCGAACAAACGUCACUAUCUCCUUGCUCAGAACACCACACAAAACCUGGCUCUCCCGCAUGGUUGAUCUUGGGGAUGAUAGAUUGACGCGGCGUGGCGGCACAGCUUGGACACACACACACCCACCUACAUACAUACAUACAUACACACAGACAGACAGACAAGGUUUUUGUUGUGUAACCAAUAUGUAUCUGCACGGUUUCCCUCGCAAGACCAUGUCGAUGAGGCUAUUCCGGAACGAAACAGGAUUAAGGCCGCAUACCUAGACCGACCUACCUAGUUAGUUUCUUCGAAUCAGAUGGCACCGAUCAGGGGAGGGGGUAAUUACCGGGCUGGUGACUGAUCAGGAUGGAUGGGAUGGUACUUAUUUUGUGGGAAAGGGUUGUUGUUGGGAGAAAAGAACUGUGCGUGUAACGACACUGAUA